GUCACAGGGCAGUUUUAGUGGACCAUAUUUUUUCGUGUUACCCCAAGAAGACUCGCCAGCGUCCAACAUGAAUUUCACAGCCAGCGAAGACUACUGUGGGGAUGCAAGGGUCAUUCAGCACUCUUUCAUCAAACAUCACAUCAACAAGUUGGGGUUGAGACGGGAGGACACCGUCCUCGAUGUGGGAUGUGGUACUGGCGAAGAGACUGCUUGGAUUGCUAAGGGAGUCAAGUUCAUAACAGCCAUUGAUAACUCGGAAGAAAUGUUGGCCGUUGCCGCCGAAUCCAACUCGGUCUGCAACGUAGCGUACUUCAAAUGUGACGCACAGACGGUGGGCGACAACCCGGACUGGCGGGAAAAGUUCGACAAAGUCGUCUGCUUCUACGUUCUUCAUUGGGUUCCGGAUGAACUUGAGGCAAUCCGGAGCAUCUCGAAGUGUCUCAAGUCUGCUGGGGAGGCGCUGUUUAUCAUUGACGGCCAAGACGACAACUUCGUUUUACUUCAAGCGACUUCAUUCCUGAAAGGCCACAAGAAGUGGGGUCCAUAUGUGAAGGAUUACCAAUCACAACUGCGUCAGUGGACCCGAUCCGCAUCGGACACAGAGGAAGUCUUCAAAGCGUGUGGAUGGGAGCGGGCGAACUGCGAAGUGCGGCAGCACGAGGUGUACCUAUCUGAAACUCAGUUCAAACUAUUCAUGAAGACAUGUUUGGGAGAAACACCACUGAUUCCUGCGGCGGACCAGGAGGAUUACCUACAGGAUUUGUGGCAGUGGGGGAUGGAAUGCUCCAAAGACAAGUCUCGCGCCGAAAGUUACCGCUUCACCACUUUUUUAUGGUCGUCCACGCUCUUAAAUAAGCUAAGUCAAGUUCGGUUUUCAAAACAAGGCAAGGUCAUCUGAGAACAAAGCAUCUGACGUCACGUCAGUCCAAACAUGUCCACCGCGAGUGGCUGUUGAAGGGGGGGUGAUUUCCCUGAGCACCAUUUAAAAUUGGAGUUCUAGCUAGGUUAAAUGAUAAUAAUAAUGAAUUAUUUAAAAAACGCUUUCCAUGUCAAUGACAUCUCAAGG